AUGAAGUACUUCGCAGGCUUUCUCGGAGUAGCCGCUGUGCUGGCCCAAUCUGCUUCGGCACACUACAUUUUCAGCAAACUCGUCCUAAACAACGAAGCUUCCGCGGACUGGCAGUAUAUCCGCGAGACUACUCGCACAGUUGUCUACGAGCCCACCAAGUUCACCAAUACUUACGACAAUCUGACUCCCAGCGAUGCUGAUUUCCGCUGCAACUUGGGCUCUUUCAGCAACGCUGCUAAGACGGAGGUUGCUACUGUCGCUGCGGGUGAUACCAUCGGGAUGAAGCUGUUUUACGAUACCAGUAUCGCGCAUCCUGGACCUGGUCAAGUUUGGAUGUCCAAGGCACCCACCGGUAACGUCAAGGAGUACGAGGGUGAUGGCGAAUGGUUCAAGAUCUGGGAAAAGACUCUUUGCGAUGAGAACGCUGAUCUCACUACGAAUGCUUGGUGUACAUGGGGUAUGUCAGAGUUUGACUUCCAGAUUCCCAAGAACACCCCGCCUGGCGAGUAUCUUGUUCGUGCCGAACAUAUGGGUCUUCAUGGUGCGCAGGCCAACGAGGCCGAGUUCUUUUACAGCUGCGCUCAAGUCAAGGUCACCGGCUCUGGCACUGGCUCUCCCAAGACCACUUACAAGAUUCCGGGUCUUUACAAUGACAACAUGACAUUAUUCAAUGGGCUUAAUCUUUGGGUGGAUAAGGCGAAGGAUGUCGAGGCAGAUAUUGCGCAGACUCCGAUUGGCGAUGAACCAUGGACUGGUGGUAACAGUGGCAGCUCGUCUGCUUCCAGCUCGUCUGCUUUUAGCUCGUCUUCGAUUGCUUCAUCGCCUUCCUCGACUUCAUCUGCCUCGUCUGCUCCAGCUUAUCACUGG